GGUGUCCUGGGCGGUGCAGGAGCGGUGGGCGGGUCUGACGUGAGGAGAUUUUCGGGUUCCCCCUGCUCCCUGAGUUUUGGUCUCGGAGUUCUUUGGCCAUGGGGCAGCAGGAUGUGUGUAGGCUCCUGUGGAGGUUCAGUUCAUUCAAAAGAACUAAUAUCAUAUUGCAACAUUUGAGAAUGUCGAAGCACACCGAUGCAGCAGGGGAUGUACUGUUGGAAAGGAAAGGUUGUGCAGGAGUGAUAACCUUAAACAGACCGAAGUUUCUGAACGCACUGUCUUUUAGUAUGGUUCGGCAGAUUUAUCCACAGCUAAAGAAGUGGGAACAAGAUCCUGAAACCUUCCUGAUCCUAAUAAAGGGAGCUGGAGAAAAGGCUUUCUGUGCUGGGGGUGAUAUCAAAGUGAUCUCAGAAGCUGCAAAGGCAAAACAGAAGAUGAGUCAAGAUUUCUUCAGAGAGGAAUAUUUGCUGAAUAAUGCUAUUGCUCGUUGCCAGAAACCAUAUGUUGCACUUAUGAUGGAAUUACAAUGGUGGG